GUCUGAAUUUCAGUAAUUUAAGUCUAAAACUGUUUUGGGUGAUCAAAACAAUUACCAAGCUGAAUAAAAAGGAUGUAUGCUGUAAAUCAAAGAGGAAGUUUCUGAGCACAAGAUCUCUCAGAAAUAGAAUAGAGCAGCGGGGUCGAGAGGAACGUGUGAAACAGGAAGGAUGGUGUGGGUACAGGCAUAUGUGUAUGAGUGUGAUUUUUGACUUUGUGGUCUGUUCAAAAUGCUGAGAAAGUCAAGUUCCUCCCCCACUUGAAUGUCAGUCUGCUGCAAAGACGCCAAACUGCUGGACAUCCAGACUGCAGCAGGUAGGACCUCCUUUAAAGCUUUUCUCUCUACAUGUCAAGCGUCACAUUCAUGUCGGCUACAGCCAUGAGUCGGCGGCGGAUUUCGGUCAAAGAUCUGGGCAAAGUGGACUGUCAGGGUUGGCUUCUCCGCAGGAAGCAGGGCCGUAGCUUCCUGGGAAGCAAAUGGAAGAGAUACUGGUUUGUCCUGAAGAGGAGCUCUCUGUACUGGUACACCAACAACAUGGCUGAGAAAGCAGAGGGAUUCAUCAACCUGAGCGGCUUCACCAUCGAGCAGGCCAAACAGUACAGGAAGAAACAUGCCAUAACGGCCAGUCAUCCGCUGGUUGUGACCAUUUUCAUCGCUGCAGAGAGCUUCACCGACAUGAACAUGUGGCUCAGCAGACUGUCCGAGGCGGCUGCGCAGUGUGAACUGAUCAACGCCGAAGAGUGUUACAGUGAAGACAGCGAUCAGGACGGGGACGAGUGUGAGUCCGCUUCCUGUUCCCUGGGCCCUGGACUGGAGGGAACAGCAAAAUCUGAAAAUUCUCUCUGUGAGCUUCCGUCCUGCACCUCAGUCCCGUCCACCACACCGGCCUCCGAACACAGACGCAGGAGUACAUCGGACAGUGCAGGUUUAGAGCCAAACAGAGGAAGGAGAGCAGCCUCAGAAGGAGGUGAAUGCCUGUCCUGGCUGGACCUCCCUGAGCCGGGUGGAGUCGGUGAAGGAACGUCUCUCCCUCUGAUUCAUUUCGCAGAGAAAAGAGAAGAGGAGGUCAUCCAAGAGAAACCAGCUGAUGAGCUGGAGUGCCUGUACAACCACCUGAAGGCGGCCAGAUUGUCCCCGAUUGGACAGUCCAGUCAGAGGGACUUCAGAGCGUCGUUCAUCAGACGAUGUCAGAAUGACAAAGUCAACGAAAAGCUUCACCAGCUCAGGAUCCUCAGCAGCACAUUAAAGGCCAAAGAGUCAGAGCUGCGAGUGAUGGAGCAGAUCCUGAGCGACCAGGCUCUCACGGCAUCCACAUACAGGAAGUGGAGACUCUCCAACAUCAUCUUGCUACAGGAGAUCAGUACACAUGCAGCAGGGGGCGCUGCAGAGGCGAGACCUCCUGAGAGGGCAGCUUUGAGCUCAGACUGAGGCCCAGGAGGAUCACCUCACCACCCCCUCCCCACUGUGGAUUAGCCAGAGGCACAGACAGCAGGUGACUGGACCUCACUGGGUGAACUGGGACUUUGUUCAGCUCAACUUCAGCUAAUUAAUCCUUCUACUCCACUACAUUUGGAAGCUUUAGUUACUUCACAGAUUUACAUUAUCAAUACAAAUAAAUGUGUUAUUGUAAAUGAAGCUACACAGCUGGGCUUAAAGUUGUUAAAAUUCAGACUUCAACAUGAAAGCCAGGAGCACAUUGAUGCAUUACUGGUCACAUAAUGACUCUACAAUGAGCCAAAGCUUUUACACGCAGAAGGCUUGGACUUCUGUAUUGUAAUACUGCGACUUUUUAAAGAUGAGAAUACUUCUUCCCC